ACCUGCUGGAUUUUAAGACACGGUCCGAAGGGACGAAUGACGAUUACGAAAAUCUCUCCACAGGAUUGAAAAUUGAAAUCCCUCUUUCUCUGUUUCUCAUCUCAUCUCAUACCAAUCAAUCAAUCAUUCAAUAAAAUGGCAAAUGUUUUGAAGGGUGGUAGUGUUGUUAUGCUCUCAUUUUUCUCUUCACGAACCACCACACUCUCCCGAACAUCAACAACAACAAAAACCCACUGCUCAUUUCUUCCCAAGUUCCCUUUUUUCUCACUCUCAUCUUCCUCACGCCCCAAAACCCCAUCUGGGUUUCCUUCCUAUUGCACUCUUGCUUCCGACCCAGUCCCGGAAGCCAUAGCUGCUGAAACCAAUAGCAACGGUGAAAAUGACAAGAGUAUUAAAGAUGCUGCUGGGUUGCUUGACAUAAGGGUGGGUCGCAUUAUCAGGGCAUGGAAACACGAUGAAGCCGAAACUCUUUACGUUGAAGAAGUUGAUAUUGGUGAGCCUGAACCUAGAAUCAUUUGCAGUGGCCUUGUCAAUUACAUCCCUCUUGAACACCUUCAGGGGAAAAAAGUUAUUGUUCUUUCGAAUCUGAAGCCAAGGAAUAUGCGUGGUGUCAAGUCAUGUGGAAUGUUGAUGGCUGCUUCUGAUUCAAAGCAUGAGAAUGUUGAACUUCUGUUCCCUCCCGAGGAAGCAAAUCCUGGCGAAAGAAUAUGGUUUGGAUCUAAAGAUGAAAAGGACAAUCAACCUGAAGCUGCCAAACCGAAUCAGAUACAAAAGAAAAAGAUAUGGGAAUUGGUGCAGCCUCAUCUUAAGACAGAUGUUUCUUGUACGGCGAUGCUAGGUGAGCAUGUAAUGAGUACAUCUGUAGGCACAGUGGCAUGCCAGUCAUUGCAGAAUGCAAAUAUCUCCUGACCAACACUCACUCUCUCAAUUUACACAUCGGAAUAGGCAAUGUAUAGCACCCAAGAGGUGGUUGUCGGACAAGUUUAGGCCCCCCCAAAAUGUCAAGGAAGGCAAACUUAAAGGAAUUGGAGAGAUCAAAAGAUGAUAGUUGAUGCAAAUUUGAUUUGGUUUCCGGAAUUUGUCCGGUUAUACGGUUUCUUGACAAGUUGAGAACCACCAAACCAGAUAGUUUUGUAAUUUCAUUGGGAAUAUUUCCUGUGAAGUUAUUAUUAGAAAGGUCUAUGCCAGUAACAAGGGAAAGUGUCUUGGUAUACUUUAGUCUUUGGUCUUUUAUAUACACAUUCAAACUUUCUUCAUAGUAGCGACCUUCAUAAUAUCCAUACAGUAAGUACA